UGAAGAGAGACGGAGGCUGAGGUGAAAAUGCUGCAUCGCUGAGCAGGACACAAUGCUCCGUAUUCCUCAAACCUUUUGCUUUGAAACCCUCCUGCGUCCCCAGCAGAGCAGGUGAAUGGCAGGAUUGUGUGAAGACCUGGCCAGCUGAUGCAGCGUGUAGGAGUUGACUGUGACGAAAACAUGAACGGUGCAGGAGAGCAGGUGGACAUCCUGCCCCAAAACUGCAUGGUCAAAGAGCGGUGGAAAGUGUUAAAGAAGAUCGGAGGCGGAGGAUUUGGGGAGAUCUAUGAAGCGUUGGACUUGGUGACCCGGGAGAAUGUGGCUCUGAAGGUGGAGUCGGCGCAGCAGCCUAAACAAGUGCUGAAGAUGGAGGUGGCCGUGCUGAAGAAACUACAGGGGAAGAAUCAUGUGUGUAAGUUUAUCGGCUGUGGAAGAAACGAGAAGUUCAAUUAUGUGGUCAUGCAGCUUCAGGGGAGGAACCUUGCUGAUUUGAGACGCAGCCAGCCUCGUGGAACAUUCUCCAUGAGCACUACACUGCGGUUAGGGAAACAGAUCCUGGAGGCCAUAGAGGCCAUUCACUCUGUUGGCUUUCUGCACCGAGACAUCAAACCUUCGAACUUCGCCAUGGGCCGUCUACCCUCCACCUACAGGAAGUGCUACAUGCUGGACUUCGGCCUGGCUCGGCAGUACACCAACACCAACGGGGAAGUGCGGCCUCCGAGGACAGUGGCGGGAUUUCGGGGCACGGUGCGGUACGCUUCGGUCAACGCUCACAAGAACAAAGAGAUGGGGCGUCAUGAUGACCUGUGGUCGCUCUUCUACAUGCUGGUGGAGUUCACUGUGGGGCAGUUACCCUGGAGGAAGAUCAAAGACAAGGAGCAAGUUGGUCAGAUUAAGGAGCGUUAUGAACACAAGAUGCUGCUGAAACACAUGCCUUCUGAGUUUUAUAUUUUUCUGGACCAUGUGAUCGGCCUGGAUUAUUACACCAAACCUGAUUACCAGUUGUUAAUGUCGGUGUUUGAAAACAGUAUGAAGGAGAGGGUGAUUACAGAAAACGAGCCGUUUGAUUGGGAGAAAUCUGGAACGGAUUUGUCGUCGAACAGCAUGGCCACGCCUCCUCAACAAAACACACGGCAAACUGCAGCCAUAGUCGGCGUGGUAAACGUGACCCCAGUUCCUGGUGAGUUACCAAGGGAGAACACGGACGACGUGCUUCAGGACGAGCACCUGAGCGAUCAGGAGAACGCCCCGCCCGUGCCGUUACCCAUAAGGCCUGGAGAGGCGGCUCUGAUGCCCCCUGGUGGAGAGGUGUGGGACGACACUGACUUCAAUCGCAACAAACUCAGGAUUAGCAUCAGUAAGACCCAGGUAACUGCAGAAGAGGAGGAGCAAGUACAAGGGGCGGAGCCUGUUUCCCAGAGACCCGGCGACCCAGAAUCUCCCGGGGCUCAAGUUCGACCCCUUAGGUACCGACGAAUCAACAGCCCUGAAUCUGAUCACCUGACCGGAGCAGACGGCAGGCCCGAUGGCUAUGACAGACGCUCCCGGAUGGACCUGAUCGGCUCUCCGUCCCGCCUUGUUCUAUCGUCUCAGCCGGCACAGAUGUUCUCGGUGGAUGGCGGUCAUGAGGCUCACAGCAACGCCUUCAUCCGCUCCGUGCCCCUAGCUGAGGAGGAGGACUUUGACAGUCGCGAGUGGGUGAUGAUCGACAAGGAGGCGGAGCUUCGCGACUUUCAGCCGACCACGUCAGGAACCACGGAUGAUGAGCCGGAGGAGCUGCGCCCCCUGGAGGAGCAAGAGGAAAUGAGGAGGAGGAGGGGGGAACGAGGGAACGAGGUUGUAGUUCGGCCCAAAAUGCAGCGUGGAGCAAUGGGAUUGGCUGGAGCGGAGGAGGGGGCGGGGCCAAGUCACUGCAGAAGGGAGUCAGAGCCAUUCGGUCCACAUAGACAGGAACCUCUGGAGGCGGAGUCAAAAGUAAAGCGAGUUGACUUCUUGUCCACUGUGCUGAUGUUUGAUGCUCAGAAAGAAACCUCGCCACGUUCAGGAAGUGAUGGAAGCCCCGAAGGUGCUGCCUCCACGCUGCUGGCUCCGCCUCCCCGUGACCAAGACCAGGAAGAAGCGUCCCGUACAUUGGUGCUCGUGUCCGCAGGUAACGGGGCCGUGUCUCCUGGUGAUGGUCAGGGAACUUUGGGGGCAGUGACCCCGCAGGCUCCUGACGAAUCAGAACGCGGAACUCUCGCAUUUAUGUUCAGGCCAGCUGCUAUGGCAACAAGUGCCGUGGCAACAGCUGGACGCUCCUCAUCACCUCCACUGGCGAAGGUAGAGCGAACGUUUGUGCACAUCGCAGAGACAACGCACCGCAUCGUCAUGACAACAGGCAAACAGCUGCCUGAGCCUGAGAGACAGUAUGGAAGGGAUGAGGAAGAAGAGGAAGUGAUGGAUGACAGGAAGGAUGGAAGCAUAGGAGAGGAAAAAGGAAGCAGCAAGGAGGAGAUCAUCUGGGAAAGAGCUGAGAGACAAGUUGAAGAGAAAGAGGUUGAGGAAGAGAGUGAAAAAGUGGAAGAAAAGGACAUCGAACUUCUGGGGCAGAAGUUUGAUCUCAUGGAGAAGGAACGAGAGAGUGAAAGUGAGGAGAGAGCGAAAGAUGAAGUGAUAGAAAAAGAAAAAAGCAGUCCUGCAGACGAGGUGGAGCCAGAGCGAGCAGCUGCAUCAGGUGACCAGCAAGAGCCUUUCUUUACUGGACGUGAAGUAACCGUAGAGACCGAGAUGCGAGAAAAACCUGAAGAGGUUCCAGUGGAACAGAAACAGAACCACGAAGAAACAGGACCUGCUGUAGUCACCGACAAAGAGAAGGAGGCAGAGCCAGACCUGGAAGUUACAUCACCACAGCCUCAUCCACGGAGGCGGAGUCGAAUCCCAGUGCUCAUUUCAGAAGAGGAAACCGGUUCGGACCGGUCGUCACAAACCAGUCCAAACCAGCAAGUGCGUAAAAGCCGACGUCCGCAACUGGCCCGACUCGUCCUGGAGCGGAAACGAUCCACCCAAUCAACUACCGCCUCCGAGGACGACACCCACCAAUCGGAUGAUUCGGCCAGGGCAAGGGGAGCUGAUGGACAAAUUAAAAGCCGGAUACCACGGCCAGUCACGCCCAUCAAAAAGCCUGCCGUCCAAUCGGGGAGCAGGGAGUUGCCUCAGACUCAGAGAUCUGUCUCUUUCAUUCAGACCAGUUCUGUUAACUCGGUGAUGCAGAAGUCAGCAAGCGCUCACUCGAGCAUCCAUCAGCAGAAGCCCCGCCCACAGCUUCGCCCUUCUAAAACACUCCCACCCCGUCCCCAGACCCCAGCCCCUACAACCCACAAGCCCUGGGCUCCCGGCCCGGCCCCCUCCUCGGCUACUCGGACAGCUCAGCGUGCCGUCUCCCGGCCCGGUGCUCCUCCCUCUAUCCGCAGUGUCAGCUCCAACCCUCGCACUAACUCCGCCUCGCGCACAGAGAGCCCCUCCCCACAGCGCUUCCGCCAUGCUGAGACACGCCCUCUUUCAACAACACCACCCAAAUCCAAAGUCCUGGACUCCACUCACAAAAAGGGCAAAGCAUACCCAGCGGUGGGGCAGAAAGGGAAGAGGGAGUCAUGUGACCCGAAGUAUAAAAGCAGAUAAUUACUGUAAACGUAAAUCCAUGAGCAUUUCAACUUCUAAUAGGUCACAUUCUCCUCCACACAGCCUGGGUACCAGAGUCGCCGUACAGCACCGUCUAAAAGUCUGAGUCUCUUGCUAGCCACGCCUUCUUCUGUUUCUUUUUUAUUUAUACAACAUUUUACACGUCAGAUUUUAUCAUGGCGCAGAUUUACAGAAGUCCAGAUGCUCAUGUACUGUAGAUCUUUAGAGCAUCACAUCUCUGUAUUCGAGUCGAGUCCAAAAGUCACGUCACUGUUUACACAGGGAAUGUUCCUGGUAUUCAGAGUCGAAUUUCUGAGCUCCACAUUUAGAUUUUAAUACAGUCCAUACAUUUUAGGAUAAGUUUGUUUAUUCAUUUUGUUUCUGUACACCACCACACUGAAUUUAUGAAACACUCAAAAUGUGAGCAAAGUCAAGACUGCUUUAAUUCAAGGAAUUUGACAAACCUGUGGCAUUAACCAUUCAGGAAUUACAGCCAUUUUCAUACACACACAUGCCCACACACCAAUUUGGGUCAUAAAUAAUGGAACAAAUGAACAUAAUUACCGACAUGAUGAUUGCCUUUAAUACUUGAAAAUCCUGUGCAGUCAACGACUGUUUGAUGUGUGGAACCCAUGUACAUGAACGGAUGCUAAGGUUCCUCCCUUUGAUAUGCUUCAGCUGCUGCUUGUUUAUGGGUCUUUCUGCCUUCAGUCUUGUCUCCAGGAAACAAACACCUGCUCUGUUGGGUUGAGAUCAGGUGACUGACUUGGCCAGUAAAGAAUAGGCCAGUGCUUUGCCUUAGGUGGCUUUUGCUUUACUGUAUGUGUCGGGUCAUUAUCCAUCAGCAAUAUGGAGUGACGUUCUAUCAGUUUCGCAGCAUUUAGCAGACUCUGAGAGUAUAUCCCUAAACACUUCAGAAUUCAUCCUGCUACUUUUAUCACUAGUGAGGUCAUCAAUAAACAUCAGUGACCCGGUUCCUUUGGCAGGCAUACACGGAUGUACCAUAAUACUGCCUCCACCAUGUUUGACAGCUUUGGAUCAUGAGCUGUUCCUUUCUUUCUCCAAGUUUUUCUUUUUCAAUCAUUCUGGGACAAGUUAAUCUUGGUUUCAUCAGUCUGAACAACCUGGCAAAGUUUUCUGUCAAAGUAUAAUCUAUUCUUUCUAUUCUUGAGCAUUAUCGUUGGUUUUACUUGAUAAAGCCAUCUAUUGACUGUAGACUUUGACAAUGAAACACCUACCUCCUCAAGAGUGUUCUUGAGUUGACUUAAAUUAACUCUGAAAGUCUUGACUUUGCUCACAUCUUAAGUAUUUCAUUUCAAAUUCAGUAUGGUGGUGUAAAGAGAACAAAAGUUUUCCGUUUGCUGUUCCAUUAUUUAUGGACCAUGCUGUAAAAUUACCUGUGUGACGUUCACACCUCCGAGGUUGCCACAUGUUUUUGGGCAUAAUAGCAUCUAGAGCAACACCUUUAAACACAAACACACAUCAUUAAAUUUAUAAAUCACAAUAGUGCUAGUUUUAAUGAUUACAUUAAUCACUGGUUAAACUGAACCCAUUUAAGUGUGUUUGAACGUUUCAGCAUGACAUAUUGUAGUUACAUCAGACAGUCAGACGGUGGCACUGGACUUAACACUGCUUCUCAAUUAGGCUGAGAUCACUUAAAAAAACAUUCACAACAGAAUCUAGAAUAAUGGAGACAAGUGAUUUAAAGAAACCCUGUCCCCUCACGCAUAACUCUCUGACCUCCUGAAUAGAGCUGAAGUCAAGACUGUCUAGUCUUGAUAAAUGUGUGUGUGUGUGUGUGUGUGUGUGUGUGUGUCUGAUUUCUGGAGUAACUCCCUACUGAGACAUGGAACCUUUUUAAACAUUAAUAUUCAUUGACUCAGACUUUUAGAUCCGAUAUACAUCUGUUUCUCACUAUACACAACAGACACAUUCCUGUUUAGCUGUUUAAAUAUCUCUAAAGAGGAUACACACAUGCACACGCACACACACACACGACAUGAUCUAUUGUUGAGUGAGUUAAUCAGUAUAACACACCUCACCUGCCUUAAUAAAGCCUGCAGAGACAUACAGUCUCACAACGCACACACUCGCACGAUCUGAACUCGUGUGAUGUCGUUUGCUGCUUCUCUAACUCUUAACAUACAGGAGCAUUAAUCUUCAUGUUUAUGGAAUAACGCAGGAGUUUUCAGGAUUGACAGCACAGUGCCACACACAGGUGACAACAACAAUAAUAAUAAUAAUAAUAAUAAUAAAAACAACUUAAGCACAAGUUUUACACAAUCAGUAUAAGGACUAAACAUUUUAUCGUGAACUUAGACCGCAGCCUGUAGCGAGAACCGAUCCGGGCCAAGCUGAACCAAGCACACUGAUGCUCACAGUUAGGAAUGGGUUCUCAGAGGAUCUGUAGAUCUCUGGUGGGAAACCCUCCUACUUUUUACCUUUUACAGUCCACUCAGAAGAACAAGCUGAAAUAUAAUUGUAUCUCUUUUAAUUUAGACAUAAAUAAUAUAAUUUUAAAAAGUAAGUAAAUAGUAAA